GCCAGCUUGUAGCACGUGAUCAAAUACGGAAGUAGAAUCUACUGCUCCACAACUUUCUAAGGUGCUCGGUUACGAUUGCAUGUUGUUGAAGCACAAAGACGUCGCGACUCAAUAUUUAUCACCAUCAAUCGACUUAGUCGAAUACAUUCAUCAACAACAAUGACUCAGGCUGAGAAAGAGCAGGACAACGGGAAGGAGAAAGAAAAGGAACGCGACAAGGAGAAAGAAAAGGAGCAACAACGCGGGGUGAAAAGACCCAUCGCUCCUCCGGUCAUCCCGGACCCGCUUCAGGAGCAAAUACAGAGCAACUUUAUAGUCGUCAUCCACCCUGGUUCAAGGACGCUGCGCAUCGGCCGAGCCACAGACAACCUGCCGGUGGGACUCCCGCACGUGAUCGCGCGCAGGCACAAACAACCUGGGCAGCCUCGGUAUGAAGACGCCUGGCUGUUGAGAGACGGCUUGAAUAAAGCAGAGAGUAAUGAGCAGAGGCAGAACGGGCUUAAAAUGGUGGACCAGGCCAUCUGGUCCAAGAAAAUGUCGAACGGAGUGAGGAGAACGCCUGUAUCCGCUGAACAGGCCAGAGCUUAUAACUGUCAGAUCCGUCCGGCAGUACUAGAGAGCAGCUCCAGGGUGAAGUGGACCAACACAGCCCACCAGCCCCAUCAUCUUGUGGGAGAGGAGGCUCUUCAUGUAAAUCCUUCUGACUGUUACAACAUCCACUGGCCGAUAGUCCGAGGUCAGCUUAAUGUGCAUGCUGGUGCUGGAGGCUCCCUGACCGCCGUACUGGCUGACCUCGAGACAAUCUGGAGUCAUGUUAUUCAAAAGCAACUGGAGAUUCCCCUCAAAGACUUAAAGUAUUACCGAUGCAUCCUACUGGUCCCGGACAUCUGUAACAGGCAGCACAUCAAAGAAGUCGUCAACAUGUUGCUGCUCAAUAUGGGCUUCUCAGCAAUCAUCGUGCACCAGGAGUCUGUGUGUGCUACAUUUGGCAGUGGGUUGAGCAGUGCUUGUGUGGUGGAUGUAGGAGACCAGAAGUCCAGUCUUUGCUGUGUAGAGGAUGGCGUGUCCCAUCGGAACUCCAGAUUGUGUUUGGCUUAUGGAGGCUCAGAUGUGACCCGCACAUUCUUCUGGCUCCUGCAGAGAGCCGGCUUUCCAUACAGAGACUGUCAGCUGUCCAGCAGACUGAACUGUCAGCUGCUGCAGCAUCUGAAAGAAACCUUCUGCCAUCUCAACCAAGACAUAUCAGGACUAAAAGAUCACGAAUUCCAGAUCCGUCUCCCAGAAGCCCCGGCUCUUCUCUACCAGGUUCGACUGGGAGAUGAAAAAUUACAGGCACCUAUGGGUCUUUUCUACCCCACCACAUUCGGCAUCGUAGGUCAGAAGAUGACAUCACUUCAAUACCGUUCCCAAGGAGACUCAGAGGAUCCUCAUGAUGAACACUACCUGAUGGCUACACAGAGCAAACAGGACCAGUCCUCCAAAUCUGCUGCAGACCGAAAGGGUUUGUCCAGACCCGGGGGUGGUUUGGAGGGGGAGAUGAGCAGUCAGGGAGGGGCUGGGGAGCUCUCUGACCUAAACAGGAGCUGUGGGAGUGGCAGCGGUGGAGGAGGGAUGAAAGUGGAGACGGAGUUUGGGCCUGCACAAGGGGAGUGCCUGAUGGGGGUCGGGGAGGUGGAAGAGCCCCUGUCUGCUCACCUCUCCAGGAAGACUGCCAUCAUGAGCCAGUUUGAGAGCAAGGCACUGGGCCUGGAUAAGGCCAUCCUGCAUAGCAUCGACUGCUGUGCAUCCGAUGAAACCAAACGCAAGAUGUACAGCUCCAUCCUUGUAGUGGGAGGAGGGCUCAUGUUUCAAGGUGCUCAGGAGUUUCUACUUCACCGCAUCAUCAACAAAAUGCCCCCUUCCUUCAGAAGGCUGGUGGACAACCUGGAAGUAAUUACGCGGCCAAAGGACAUGGACCCUCGGCUCAUAUCAUGGAAGGGUGGAGCGGUGCUGGCGUGUCUGGACACCACUCAGGAGAUGUGGAUCCAUCAGAGGGAGUGGCAGCGGUUUGGUGUUCGAAUGCUCCGUGAGAGAGCUGCUUUUGUCUGGUGAAUCCAAACGCUGAGUCCACACUGGAGGUGUAGCGGGAGCGGCUCGUUCAGGGCAAUUAUAGUCCGGCUAACACCAUGUUGAAAAUUUCCACCAAACAAACAACCCUCAUUUGUUAUCAUCCAAUAGAAGCCCAGAUAGUUGUUAUUGUAUAACUUUAAAAGUUGUAUUGUAUUCUGUAAAUAAUAUUGAAACUGUUGCCUUGUUUCAAAAGUUUGGAUGUGUGUAAAUAAACCCAACCAACUUGGAUAAACAUUUGA